AGUACAGGUAAGCAUAUAUAAGAGGUUGAAGAUGUCCGGGACUUGGGUUGAGAUUGAUCAAUUCGUCCUCUUCGGCAAAACACUAACCUCGUAGUCGUGUGCCGUCAUAUUUUAAGUCUUCGCACCAAAAAACCGGCGAAAAUGUGCCACGGACACCCUCACUAUCACCCCUGCUCUCACACAUCGGUCAAAUGGCUGUACUGUCCGGAAGCCAUGUUCGAUCUGGACACGGGAUAUGAGACACCCUGCUCGAACCCGAUCUACUCAACGCCGCAGCCAACCAACGUCGACUGUCCCCUGCAGAACUGCAACUUCAAGGCCCUAAUGGGGAGCUGGAUUUGCUGCGUCUGCGGAAAAGGUCCUAAUACUCAGGGGUGGUGCACCUCAUUAUGCCGUAGGACGGAUUGGAAUCCCCUAACAAGAAAGGUUGAGGAGAUGGAGAUGCCUUGUGGGCAUGGUUGCUGCAGCUCAUGCAGCCCAUCCUGUGAGGCGACGUCGCGAGGCGUGAGUCCGGAAAUAUCGUUCGCGGAAGUUCGAAAAGGGAAGAGCAGCCGCAAGGCUCAUAAUACCGCGCGAGGCUCCGCACACAAGCGAGGAACGGCGUACGACUUCAGCCACAACAACGUGAGUCGUCCCGCCGUGUCAGAUGAAAGCGAACCAGUCACUUCGUCAACAACUUCAAACUCUCGAGGCUCCCGUCGGCUAAGCCACGACACGAGCGCUGAAUAUUCGAAGAAGCCAAAAAUAUCGAACGGGAAGAAGAAAUCACACAACAAGGGCCGCAUCCAUCAUUGAACUGUAUACGCGAGUCUAUACCAAUGAGGGAAAGAAAAGGACCAUAGUCUCUACUGGCUUUUGGGUUGACACAGUAGGCCACACUCACUCGGUAUAACAGUCAGUUACGGAGGGAAACGUUGUUGAAAGAUAGUAUACUCAUAUAGGGCUGUAUCGUAUCCAUAGCAUACAUGCGGAGAGAAAGGGAUAUCUGUGAAACGUACCCUAUACAUUACUUCACCCUACUAGUACGCUUGACCGGUUGAUAUCUUGCCGCUCUCGGACCUUAGCAAGAGUCGUACUAGAUAUACGAUUAGUCAUUCAGUCAUUCUUGGUAUAAUGAUGGUGGUUGAACUCGUCGCUUUAGCGAUCCCAAAAUGUAUCAUGUCUUUUCGCUGCCCUCACCGCUAAGAGUGUCCCAUCCGUAGAAAUGUCAUUAGCAU